CUGGCUUCACAGUUUCUGUUCACAUCUGAUCAUGACACAUCUUGGGAAAAGGAGACGGAAAUGGAAACUCAAAAAAUAGUUUGGAGAAGUCCAUUUUUGGCCAUAUUAUUGAUAUGUGUAUGUUUGAUAACAAUAUCUGGAAACAUACUUGUUAUCGUUGCUGUGUUUACGAAGCGAUAUCUCCGCAAUCCAAAAGGAUAUUUGAUUGUGUCAUUAGCAUUUGCUGAUGUGAUAGUUGGAUUGGUGGUUAUGCCAAUGAAUUCGUUAUUUGAAAUGACAAAUCAUGUUUGGAUAUUAGGUUUGCCUAUGUGUGAUCUAUUUCAUGCACUUGAUAUACUUGCUUCAACAAGCUCUAUUUGGAACUUAUGCAUUAUUAGCUUGGAUCGUUAUAUUGCUGGUGUUAAACCAAUUGGAUAUCGUGAAAUCGUAACGAAAGGACGCAUCUGCGGAGCAAUCUUUGCUAUAUGGCUUGUAUCCGCUUUUCUAUCAUUUCCCGCAAUAUACUUUUGGAGAACUUAUUCUCCACAUUUGUAUACGGAUGAAAGCAAAUGCUUCUUCACUGACAGUCAAUUGUAUAUUGGAUUCUCAUCCAUAGUUACCUUCUAUGUUCCGCUUAUCUUAAUUCUUUUUGCGUAUGGCCGUGUUUUUAUAAUCGCUAGCCGUCAUUCUAGGAGCAUGAAGUCUGGCAUGAAAACGAUUAAUAAAAAAGGAAAUAACGAAAAAAGUGAAUCCAAUGGUGAAGAGGUCACAUUACGUAUACAUGUAGGAAAUGGUCGAAACACUGCUAUGGCUAACGUAUCCAAAAAUGAGCCAAGACGUGAAGAAAUGGAAUUGACAAUGUUCAAGCCAUCACGUGCUGGAAGAGGAGAGACUGUUUCUGCUUUCCGUCAUACUAUCUUGAGACGUCUACAUCUUCAAUCAAAAUCAAGAAUAAUGAUGAAGUACAUGUAUGAGAAGCGUGCCGCUCGCACAUUAUCCAUUGUUGUCGGAGCAUUCAUUCUAUGUUGGACGCCAUUCUUCAUCUUUAACCCUCUUACAUCAUUCUGUGAAGCUUGUGCCCGAAACCAAGAAUAUUGGUUUACAAUUUUCACAUGGGCUGGUCAUUUGAAUUCGAUGCUGAAUCCAUUAAUCUACAGCCGCUUUUCACGCGAUUUCCGAAAAGCCUUCAAACAAAUACUAACAUGCCAAAGCGAGCCUAAACUCAAAUCUGGCAUUCAAACUCCAUUGGCUCUUGUUUUUAACCAGCUUAUUACUGUAACUCAAAUGGGAGAACAAGUUCAAUUACAAUCUGGUGUAGCUACAUCGGCUAAUUCGGAGGCCGAACCUCCCGUUGAGCCUUCAUCUGUCGACAAAUCCGUUUAG